CAGUUUUCUUCACAGAAGUCGCAAAGCUUUCGAAAUAAUUCACAAAAUAAGAAAUACAGAGCUCAAAAAACUUCAAGGUUUUAGUAAUAUUUGCUACAACUGUGAAAAGAAAGAAAAUUCCAAUAAUGGUUGCCUCUAUAGAUUAAUACACACAUUCGCAUACACGAACAAUUUGACAUGUCGUGACAUACGACGACGAUAGAUGGGUACAGCAAAUCUGUGAUGUCAAUAUUUCGAUAAAGUUUAAAAGCGUUAUUUUGCAAUAAAAGAAAGUGCGUCGAGUGCUGAUAUGAAUAAUAAAUAUAAAAUAUAACUAAAAACUGUAACAACUGAAAGAAUAAACAAUGAAAACACAAAGUACAUGUUAAUUUGAAUGUUGUCAAAUAUAUUUACGCCAAAAUAUAUCCAUCUCAUAGUAAAAGUGCCAAAUACCACAUCAGGCAGUUUUCAUGGAAUCGUAAACAAAAUCGCAACAAAUAGUUCUGUUGGAAAACAAGUCAAUUGCAUUUAAAUCAAAGACGUGGUGUACUGAAGUAAUCAAUGUUAUGUUGCUUGGACAAAAUUAUAUUUGUUUUCUCGCUAAAAACUACUUUAAAGAGUAAUAUCGGUCGAAAGUUUCACAAGAAUUUGUUAGACGUUUUUUCAUUAAUUACAUUUGGUGAAUGGCAAAUCUGCGCCAUUUGGCAUCAAUUACUGCCGGCAAUAGUUAACAACACUGUUGUAAACACAGUUUAGAGUGUAAUAAUAACAACAGAUACAGCAAUCUCUCUGUUAGCUUAAAAUUGGUAAAAAUUGAUGGACUAUUAGCGAAUUGGGCCGCUAUAAAGAAAAGUAGAAAAGAUGCUGGAAGAAACAGGCAAUAAAUAUGCAGCUGAAGAUAGUGGUCUUGAGAAUCAGGGCACCUGGCAACAGAAGUAUUCCUGGCGGCGGGUAUUGAACACUACAGGACCACAACCCCGACCACGUCAUGGCCACCGCGCAAUCAAUAUAAAGGAACUGAUGGUUGUAUUUGGAGGAGGCAAUGAAGGCAUUGUGGACGAGCUCCAUGUAUAUAAUACAAUCACUAAUCAAUGGUUCGUACCGGCCAUGAAAGGAGAUGUACCGCCUGGAUGUGCAGCCUAUGGAUUUGUGUGCGACGGUACUCGAAUGUUCAUUUUUGGUGGCAUGAUCGAAUACGGAAAAUACUCAAAUGAAUUGCACGAACUACAAGCCACAAAGUGGGAGUGGCGAAAAAUGCAGCCCGAUCCUCCAGAUAAUGAUAUGCCACCGUGCCCUCGUUUGGGCCAUAGUUUUACUUUGGUUGGGGAGCGUAUUUUCCUAUUUGGUGGCUUAGCCAAUGAAUCGGAUGAUCCCAAAAAUAAUAUCCCGAAAUAUUUAAAUGACUUGUAUAUUUUGGAAACAAGAGCUGCCCACAGUUACAACGGAAAAUGGAUUGUACCCAAAACGUAUGGCGACAAUCCUCCUCCCCGCGAGUCCCACACAGGCGUUUCGUUUACAUGCAAAACAUCCGGAAAACUGUACUUACUUAUAUAUGGUGGUAUGAGUGGUUGUCGUUUGGGUGACCUGUGGCUACUGGAUAUUGACUCAAUGACAUGGUCAAAGCCUCAAACGCGAGGACGAGCUCCAUUGCCGCGUUCUUUGCACAGUGCUACUAUGAUAAACAAUAAGAUGUACGUCUUUGGUGGUUGGGUUCCCUUGGUGGCGGAUGAUUCGAAGACCACCAUUGAGAGGGAAUGGAAAUGCACCAACACCUUGGCCGUUCUGAAUUUGGAUACAUUGACAUGGCAAAACAUCAAUAUGGAAGCUGCAGAGGAUAAUGUUCCUCGUGCCCGUGCCGGGCAUUGUGCUAUUGGCAUCCACAGCCGUUUAUAUGUAUGGUCUGGUCGGGAUGGUUAUCGCAAGGCAUGGAAUAAUCAGGUCUGUUGCAAAGAUCUAUGGUAUCUUGAUGUAGAUAGACCUUUGUAUGCCGUGAAGGUGGCCCUGGUAAGGGCAUCUACACAUGCAUUGGAAAUCUGUUGGCAAGCAACCACAUUUGCCUCAGCAUAUGAAUUACAAAUACAGAAAAUUGAGCCGCUACCUGUUCCAGUCAAGCAAACACCACCACAGCCUUCCACACCAAUGCCAUUCGGAAAUACAACAUCAUCACCUAUGAUGGCCAAUGGAAGCUCGGCAUCGGCUAUAUCGGCAGGUACUCCCAGUGCAGCCCAGCCUACAUCCAAGUUCCAUAAAAUUCAAAUACCAACAACUGUGUCCAUUAUUCCUGCAGGAGCAACUACAGCUACUGGUCCACUCACUACGAAUGCAGCAGCGAGCGGAACUGCAGUGGCUGCAUCUUCUUCAGGCAUAAACAAUAUGGUAGGUGGCUACCAGGCCACAAUGACCAGUAAAAUACAGAACACUGCAGCUAGCAUAGGAGCAGGACAAACGCCUGUAACCCAUACAGCAUCCAGCUCAACAAGCUAUUCGGCCCGAUCACAGUUGGAGUCAGCGGGAACAACUGUUUUAGGCUCCACUGCCACAUAUAUCAAACAACCAGCCAGUACAGCAGCUGGUAAUGCAUCGGUAGCUGUAACAGGCACAACCGUGGUAGCCGGAAAUCUUGGACAGGUUCAAAGCGCUGGACUAUUAAACGCGGGCACAUCAAAUGUGACUACAAUUCUGCAGAAGAUUCGACCAACGGCUGUGGUCUCUCGAACUACCACGACAGUAACUAGUGCUGUCAAUUCUAUUGUCUCUCCUGUUAGCUCUUCACAAAUGGUUCUUACUGCUGCUGGUUCUACGUCGGGCACAACUGUGGCUGCAUCUGGAGCAGCCCCUGCCACCAAUAUACGGGUUGUAACAUCGGUUCCGUCGGGUGCUGUGCCAGUUAAUACAACCAAUUCGACUGUACGCCUGGUAGCCUCUGGAUCAAGUGGUUUACGGCUCGCCACGCAAACAGGUACAACUGUUCCGACAUCUGCAGUUACUCAAUUGUCAGCGGUUAACCAACUUAGCGGCAAUCAGGUGGUUGCUGCAGCCAGCUCAGGUGGUGGCACAACCUCGACUACGAUUGGAGGUAAACAGUACAUUAUACAGAAGCCCCUAACACUGAACUCCAAUGUACAGUUCCAAUUGGUUAAAACGAGCAGCGGAGGCGUGGCUGUGCAAACAUUUCCCAAAAUCAACAUUAAUAUGGCUAAAGGAACUGGCAUACAAUCUUCCACGGGAGCAACGUUAACGAACACAUCACAGCCCAAGCAGACACAGUUUAUUUUCAGCGGCAAUGUCAGUGGAGCGGCAGCUGGUGGUCAGCAGAAACAAAUUAUGCCUGGAAAUGUUGUCAAAUUGGUUUCACCACAUACCCUAAGCGGCAGUAAUGUCAUUAUGAAGAACUCAAAUAUUCUGCAAGUUAGUAAAAUGCCAUCAAGUGUGUCGGGAAAAUCGGCAUUUGUAAUUACAAAUAAACAAGGGCAGCAGUUGACAAACCAGCAAAUAAUCAUAGUUACCACAGGGACAGGUAUACGCGCCAUACCAUCGGGAAGUGUAGUUACCAACGCCUCAUCUUCCAACUUGGUAUCGGUUGUGGACACAAUGACGACAACUGUUCCUACAGCAACUAUCGCAAGAAAUGUUAUCAGCACACCGGGCGGUGUUAAAAUGAUCCACAAUGUUGCAACAAGUUCAGUCAGACCUAUUACUAUAACAUCACAACCAGGUGCUGGAGGCGGACAACUUCACCAGAAAACUAUAACGUUAGGCGGCAAAGCUGUCACAGUUCAAAUGCCAUCAAACCCUUCCAAUUUGUCGGCCGUAACCAAAACAGUUACAAUUGUCGCAUCUAAUAGCGGCCUCUCCAAGACACACAAUCAAAUUGUUACAGCUGGAAACUCGUCUGGGGCUACCAGUAAAUUAGUUGUGGUACCUACAAAUUCUAAUCAGGCUGCUUCAAUGAAGGGCUUCGUAAACAUAUUCAAUGCCAGCAAUACAUUACAACGCGCUAUUACCUUGUCAUCGAAGGGUAAUAUCCAACAGCAGCAACCUGUUCAGCAACAACAAACCAUUUCUGCGGCUAAUCUCAAUAUUGCCAGUGCUGAAUCUGUAUCUGAAACUGGAGGCGAUCAAGAUUCCAAUGGAGGAGAUACCAUGGAUGAUAUUAUUGAACAAUUGGAUGGGGCUUCCGAAAUAUUAACUGCGUUGACCAAGAAUAGCGAGCACUGCUCGGAAAACAGUAUCUCCAUGUCCUUUGACGUCUAGCGUGAUCAAGAGAUGCCCCGCUUCCCUCAACAGGAACAACAUUGUUGGCAAUAUCACAUUAACAGACCGACAUAGAUAUACAAGUUGAUUCAAGUUUAUACUAAAUUUUUGAUAAAAUUCAUAUUGACAAACAAACAAACAAACAAAAGAAGCAAGAAGUAUAUAUAGAAAUAGUCUUGUAAUUUAACGAAAUUUUAUUGAUGAUAUACUUAUUAUUAUACAUACAUAGAUACAUACUUACAUAAUAACAACAAUAAUAAUAACUUAGCACUGCUGUUUGAAACAACAAAAUUCGUAUCAAUAGGAUUAUACAUAUUAAUUCUUAAAACGUGCAUCUUAAUACACACACACUCUAUAUUACUAGUACAUAUUUAUUAUAUAUACUUAUAUUUUUUUCAUUUCAAUUCAAUUAUUAAGUAAACUUACGAACAACCACUUAGAUAAGCAUAGUCUUUGUGAAAACUCCCGUUGUGUUUACAUACUAUGUAUUUUGUACAUAUUAUGUUACCACAAGAAGAAAUGUCGUUACAUACCUACAUACAUUUUUGUGAAAAAGAGUUAGCAGUGACUUUAAAAAGUAAAUUCAUAUAAUAUGUAAGAGAACGAUUUGCUACCAAAUGGUCAUUUCUCUAGCAUAUAAACUAACAAACAUACAUGUUUUAAAUAUUGAAAUAAGCGUUUUACUUUCGCGAAUAUUUCAUAUAAUUUUGUUUUAAGUUAUUUUUAGAGUUAAAGCUGCAUUGGAAAUAAACGAAAACCCAUAAAUUUGUAAAA